AAGAUGAAAAAAGACCAACUACUAUCAACUACAAGAUACACAGAAGAAGACAGAAGAAUCUACUGAUGAGGUGUGCAUAACUAUUUUGUAAUCGAUUGAUAUGAACAAAAAUACAAGAUUGUUUUUUUUUGUCGCUCCAAAAAACGAAAAAGAAAUGGCGAAUAGAUUUUUUCGAAAAAAAACGGGGGAAAUUGAAUUACAUUUAUCGCGACAUUGUUGCUAGGAGGGGCGCAAUAUAGGGCAGUUUGGUGUACGCUGACGAUCGUAAUUCAAUCUCGAUUGAGCAUCUAUCAUCAGUGCGGGGAGCCGAAAGGGGUGGAAUGAUGAUGAACAUUAAAAAGGGUGGGGACGGCGAUGUAGAUAUAAUAAUAAUUGCAGUAGCGGUUUCUUUUUUGGGAGGGGAAGACGUCGGUGGGUUUGCGGGCGACAAACACAAACUGAUCGUUUGUCGGCCGACGGCGACAUUUGUUUGCGACACGGUCGUCGCCCACCAGUCGGAGAAGAUCAUCAUUGCCAACCGCCUUGUUUUUCCUAGUUGCGACUGUCGUCGUCGUCUCAGUGGGAAAGGCGGAUGAUGAUGACUGCUAAUCUACUCCCGCUCCCCCCUCCUCCUUUUUUCUUAUCAUUUUUAUUUUUUCCUCCUCUCGAGUCAUUAGAACGACACUGUCAUAAGUCAGUCGUCUCUUUCCUCUUCCCUGUGUAGCAACUGGAGGAGAGACUAUCGAUCGACUGGUAAUGUAUGGCCAGAUGGAAUCGUAUCGCUCGCUUGUAAAAUAUGCCAGCAAAAGGGAAAACAUAUUUCUACCCUCUCCCCCCCCCCGUCCUUCUUUUGAUCUAUGCGCAAUUUAUUCCUCGCAUCUUCUUCUUGUAUAUACUGUCGGCCAUCAUAUGAUGACUGCCGCUCCAUUUGACCUGGGCUUGCCUCAUUCGAUUCUCUUCAAACCGUUUGGUUUUUAUUCUUCCCCUCCACAAAAAUGUAAGGAAUAAUUUUUGGAUAAUUUAUUGAAAAGAGAAUACUUGUAUUAAAUGCAUCGUUCAAUCAGUAGGAUUCGUUUUCUUCAAGAGAAAAACUUGGCCAAUUUCGAAGGUGGUGGUUCGUCUGUUUUCAGAAUUUCCCAGUUCAUCAGUCAACGUGGAUUCGUUUAUACCAGUGGGCGAGUAAUUAUUCCCGCAGUAUACAUAUUACAUGUAGGUAAGUCUACAAUAAGUCCGUCUAUUUAUCCAAUUUAGAGCAAAUUUAGAGUUAGCCGAGGCAAUCGUCUACAUUAUGCGCCCAGUAGUUCAUCAAUUUACAAAGAGGGGGACGAAGAAGCUAGGCGCCUGUUUUAUUCGCGGCUCAUGGCAAUGAGUUGCGCUUUACCGCAUUUAACGCUCUUAGAUUGAUUACAGCUAAGAAGACUUUGAAAACAGACAAAAAAUAACGCGGGUGCCGAUGAUGAACGAUGCCCGUAUAUUAUGUCCGUGUACGACGAACAACAAUUGAGGAUAAUAAAACUAACGAAGCCAUCAAUUAUUGCAUUCAAGGCGAAUGAAAAGGGAUUCGCUAUAAAUCUAGGAACACGGUUGACGGAGUGAUAAAAAUAAAAAUACCAAUCCCGCUAUAGUCGCAUCGUGAUUUUCGCAAGUGAACCCCCCGAAACAAAAACAUUUUACACUCAAAAUUUAAUGAAAAAAAAAAUGAAUUUCCGAGUUUAUCUUAUUAUCCCGCUGGAUAUCGUUUAGAGAUACACCGGCGGUGUAUGUACUUGAUCGUCCUGGUGGAUGUGUGUUACAAGGAAGAGGGGGGGGGGGAUUUGCUCUGUUAUUAUAUAAUAGCUUUGAAGAGAGAAAAAAAAAGAAAGAAAGUGAAUAGAAGUAAAGGGGGUCCCAAAACUCAUUUUAUUAAGUGGCGAUUAUAGUCUCAGAGUUGUCGAGUGAAUGCGUGGGGCAAUUGUCGCGCCACGCCGCUUUUGGCUUGUCCCGAUGGAGAGACUCGAUUUGUCAGGCUCUCGCCACCUCUUUCUUAGAUAGUUAUAUAUAUUCUUUCGAUGGCUGUUUGCAAGAUAGAGACAGACCGCCUGGCCUUUUUAUUUCUUAUUCGUUUUUUUCCUGCCCCCUUCUUGGGUUGUAUCCCUUUUUUUCUUCUCUCGUGAUACGACAGAGAGGAGGGUCGCAAUAGUAUCUCAACUACACGCUUCAUUAAUUUGAAGGGUUGUAUGCUGCUAGUAGUAGUGUAGAACAGAGCAGAACUCUAUAGCGGCAGUCAGCAGCAGGAUGGUAUAGUAGUAGUAGGAGACUUGACAGUAGAAAUGGGACGUAUAAAAGGAGCCGCAUCACUUUCCAAUUACCGAGAUUGAGCCAGGAGGGGUUGGUGAUGGGAGUGUACAUGGGGUGGAUUGAUAUACACACACACCAGUACGGUGCAGCAUUUUUUAUAAGUUUUGUUUCUAAAGAAAGAGCUAGAUAGGAAAGAAACGAGUCAAAGAAGCUUUUUGUUUUUCAGAUUUCGCCAUCCAUUUGAUCCUCUGCCAUUCGCAUUCAAAUGAUCCACCAGUGAACGAAUCAUCGCCAUUUGAAAAAGAAGACGACUAAUUGAAUUGAACUUUUUUCCCCUCUUGCAAUAAGCCUCGAGUUAGAUUAUUCCUUUAGAUUUUGAGAUUUGUAUGUCGAGGAGCUCUCUGUUUUCUGUCUCUACAGUAGAACACAAGUUUAUCAGGCCGUCAUCGCUCCUGGAAGUCGUUCAAAAACGAUUCCAUUUUCUCGACUUUGCUGCCAUCAACUUGCUACAGGCUUUGAUAUUGUAAUAAUAACUGGAAGGCCCAUCCGAGAACAAUGACGAUGUUUGAUCUUUCGAAUCGUUUCUGGAACUCUUGCCAAAAUGGACUGAAUUAUCAUAUCGUUUUGGGCUCCGAUUUAUUACGGAUAUUUACUUUGAACGAUAAUAUCGCCGGAUUAACUUGAAUCUCAUCCGGCCGUAUCCGACUUCUCCCUCGAUUCAAUUAGAAAUGAGACAACCGGAGAGAAUGAUUACGUGAGUGUCGAUGGCGAUCUGCCGUUGACUCGAGCUUGAAAGUUACGUGUUUUUGCGUACAGUACAUCCAGUAUCUUUAAGGAUUUCCGUUCACUUGGCGGCAUCAAAGGCAUUGUGUAAGGCAUGGCAGAGAGGAACACAACUGACGUUGAUGGAUCCGGUCAUUAGUUCGUGUUACAACAGCAAUGGGCACGGGUCACACACAGCAGGAGUCAAAGAGGCAAGUUAUAGACGUAUCUAGAGAGAGGGGGGGAGCGGGCGACACUUUUGCUCUUUUUAUUCCAAGAUGUGACGAUAAACCAUCGUCAUUAUUAUCUAAAAACACAAUUGUUGUUGUUGCUGCCGCUCUUGCGGUUUCCGACUGGUGGGGUGGAGGGGGAGUCCGGCAUCAGUCGCUCUAAAGACAUAAUUCGAUUAAUUCUUCUCCUUGGACCCCUCCCCGUGAAUUCUCUCUCUUAUAGGACCCGCCUGACAUUUACGUGCAUAAAUACACAAAUAAGAAUGGGAUUGGGAACGGGAACAAUCUAGCUGCUGGACAUUUAACAGGAAAUUCACCCUGGAUAUCCAUGUGUGUGUUUGUGUGUAAUUGAAUCAAAACAAAGAUUUAACGCACCGGAAACAAAACAAAAAAAUAUAUAGAAGAAGAAGAAGAGUGUGUAAUGGCCCCAUCGCGAUUCUUUUAUAAUACAGUAUAUACAUUUAGGAUCUGUCGAGCCGAAAUUCCGUCAUUGGCUGGAUCCGCCGUCCAAUUGGAAAGGAGCGAUCCUGCGCAGGACGCCCAGCAGCAUCGGACCAAACCACCCAUUUGCCGCCGCAUUUAAUACUCGGGCGACUUCUUUUUCCUGUUAUUAUUGUCCAUCCAGACGACAACCCGGAAGGAUCGUCCAUCGCUCAAGUGGCCUCUAACCGAGUGAAAACAUCUUUCGCAAAGUUUAGACCGACGUCGCUUUUAAAUGGCAGUUUUGCUGUUGAAUAAUAAAGAAAGUCAAGACUGUUUGUCCGUCAACAAGACGGGCUAUCCGGCCGACAGCACGGCCCACGACAAGGAAGAAGAAGAAGAAGAACUGGAAGAUUUGUCCAGUCGUCGGCCGUCGUUCCGGCAGUUGCCGGCGGCCCUGAUUUUCAAGAGUGAUCCGUCUUCGUGCGGGAACCAGGAGCUGCUGCUGGCGGAGGAGAACAACAAGCUCCAGUGUCCGCAAUCUCCACCGGGAUCUCCGUCGGCCGACGCCCAGAAUCGCGAUCUGCAGUCGGGGAAAAUCAAGCCGAGGAGGAGUCGAACCAACUUCACCCUGGAACAGCUGGCCGAGCUGGAACGCCUUUUUGAAGAGACCCACUAUCCGGACGCUUACAUGCGCGAAGAACUUAGUCAACGGCUGGGACUUAGCGAGGCUCGCGUUCAGGUUUGGUUCCAGAAUCGACGAGCUAAAUGCCGGAAGCACGAGAGCCAGGGCCACAGUAAACACGACACAUCCAUCCUGUCGUUCGACCCGAUUGGACGAUCCAUUGGAGCUCAUCGUUCGUUUGGUGAACGAACUUCAGCCUCGAGUGUCUCUCACCACCACCACCACACUCUUUUACAUCACGUGAUGAACGAGAACUCUAUGGGCAUCCACCAUCCACGAUUAUCCGUUGGUAGUAACUGCACUAGCGUGACCCAACAGCCGGUAACGACCACUACGACCGUUACGUCAUCACAUCAUCACCACCAUCUCCAUCACGGAAUGGCCAACACUAAACCGGCGACACCUUACUUGAUGUCCUCUCCAACAACAACGACAGCCGCAACGACUUCCUCUCCGGCGAUUAGCGAACGAAGUCGAGGAUUGGCGAUUCCGCCUUUGCCAUUACAUCCAUUCCCGCGUUUGAUGGAUGCCAGUACUCUUUUGGCGGCACAACAGUACGUGUCGUCGUUGAAUAAUGUCAACGCCAAAUCGAUACCGGAAUGCGGAUCGGUUCCAUCUCUGAGUCCUCCGACUGCGUCUCUUAUUGCUCCACCUGUGACGAUGAUUCCGCCAGAGACUUUGGUCAGUUCGACGCCGACUUCUUCGCUGGCCUCGUUCUUCCUCCAUCCGGCUUCGCUGGCCGCUUCGCUGGCCGGAUAUCCUCCUCCACCUCAUCCGUGGACCAUCAGCUGGAUGAACGCAGCAGCGGCUGCCGCUGCCGCCGCCGGUUACGGUUUUGUUAGUAACUCAGCAGCUUCGGCGACGGUUGCCAUGGACCUGACGACAGUCCCGUCCGUUCAACACCGGGACCCGUACAAUUCCAUCGCCGAUCUCCGUCUCAAAGCCAAACGUCACGCAGAGGAACUCGUCGAUGUCUCCUCAUCCGGCAACAACAACAAUAACGGUGACGACAAUCCAUCUCCAAAUAGUUCUCUUUCGUAAUGUAUUUUUUUAUUAUUAUGAAUUAAAUUUCCAUUAUAUAAAAUGAAUGUGACAGAACACGUUUCAUCCAUCAUUUGUUGAAUCUGUGCUACUCUAAUGUGUUCAAUAGUUUAGUGCAGACAUUAUUCCUUUUUCUCUCAUUAUUCUCUGUAUGUUCCACUGUAUAUCCACAACGAAGAGAAAUACAUUUCAAUGGUGAAUUGUGA